AUGACUUCUUGCAAGCAUACAAGCUGGGUGCGUCUUUCUAAAAAAAAACACCUUUUUACAAAAAACACCUUUGACUAUCAAGUGCAGAUAUCCGAUCGGGGAGAAGUUUUAUUGGAAAGUUUACCACAUGCUGAUACAGAAUACGUUAGCUUCAUUCUUUUUAUUGGCAAUGAGGGCAAGUCUCGCGCACUUACAAAUAUUGGUAUAGAUAGGCUUAAAUAUAAUAACAGGGCUCAUGGGGAGGCCCACCUGUUCCUGGCGCCUGACAAGGAGGUCGGCUUUCCUCUACUAAUCGCAGACAUGAAUAUGCCUCUUCAUAAUCGUAUUUCCCGACCCGGUCGUGAUCAAAAGUGUCACGAAUCCUCCACGCACUCUAUCACCGAUCGAAGCAUAGUGUUGGAAAAUCCACUUGAAGUGGCUGAUACUAUUUACCAGCGUAUGUUAGUGCCUUUUGCUGACAUAGUCUGUUUUUUUGUCAACGACUUAGGUGGCUGUGAUAGAAUUCUGCGCAGAAUUGCCAUGUGGAGUGAAACAGGCAUAUAUCCUAAACCAUCUCCAUGGCUAGUUUUGAUAGUUCAAGAGGUGGAGCAAAGGAAUUACUUGGAGAAAUUAAAAGAGUUUAAUACAAACAAAAUAUUUAAAGGUGUGCGCGUUUACUGUAUAAAUAGCGCUAGAUAUCAAACAAGAGUAAGGGAUCGAAGUACGGACUCGAAUGAACUUAAAUACGAGUUAAGAGAGUUAUUAAGGCGGGCACGAGCGGAAAAGCAAAAGAAAGGUUUACUAUUUUCUGCCCGUCAUCUUGCAGGAUUCUUUAACUAUAUAAGAAGAAACCCUCCAUUUAAUCAAAAGGAACCGCUAAACUUAAUUGCUGUAUCCCGCUCUGACCAUCCUGUUUCCAAUGAACUUGGUUUUCAUCUCGAAAACUUUUUGGAUAAUUUCCAAUCGCCUGAUCUACUACAGAAAUUUGCCAUCCCCACGAUUGCGUCAUGCCUCAUUCUUGAUCAAUACCCGCCAGGGAUGCACUGUAAGCGAUCUUUAUCUGUAUUUAAAUAUUUAACCCACAAGAUGUUUUUAACACCUUAUAUAAAAAGACCGCGCAAAAUGCGUAUGCAGCUUACCAAAAAUUAAAAUCCUUGCCAUCACCUGCUUUAUUUGUUCACCUUCUUGAACAAUCGGCAGCGCAGAGAUUUGCCCUGCUUAAUAACCUUCAAUCAGCCGCGACUUCGCAUCGCGAACUCCUAAGCAGCUUUCAAGACCAAUGGGCAAAGUUACAAUCAAUUGACACGUGUUACUGCUGUAUAAAGCAAAGGCCACAAUUUCGUCUUCUCUGCGGGCAUUCAAUUUGCGAAAACUGUUUUAAAAUAUUUGGACGAAGAGAUGUUACCGAAAGUUGUGUAUACUAUGUUGACUCAUGCAUGCUCUGUGGAUCAAAUACCGAGAAUCUACAAAUACGAGUUAAACCGGAUACGGCAAGCGUACGGGUUUUAAGUAUUGACGGGGGAGGCAUUAGAGGGAUAGCACCCCUCCAGUUUUUGCAAGUAAUAGAAGAAUCAAUAGGACUGCCUAAAUACCCUGUCCAGCAGCAUUUCGACGUUAUCUUCGGAACAAGCUCGGGUAGGUGGUAUCACUAAUGAAUUCUUUAUCCCUUUUAACUAAUAUUUUCAGGCUCGAUUACGGCUGCCGGUCUUGCCAUUAACGGAUGGACUGUGGAAAAAUGCAUAUCAAGCUUCAAAUUACUUUCCCAUCUCGCCUUCAAAUCACGGCCGUCUUUUCACAUACCGAUUAUAUCUAUGCUUAUUCAAUUUUUCAUUUCCCUUAUAACCGAUGGUCAGUAUUCGCCUCGGGGCCUAGAGGCAAUACUUCAAAAAGUGUUUGGAUCGAAUUUAGACAUUUUAGAUUGCUCAAAGGCUACCGCAAUGGGCCUUAAGGUUGGAAUAACAGCCACAACACUUCAAGAUACAAGUGCCUGUGUUUUUACAAAUUAUAACGCCGGAAUCGGGUCUUUUCAAGAUGGUGGGCUUAUGUAUAACAAUCCAGCCUCCAUCGCACUUCAAGAAGUGGCGGCACUAUUUCCUUCAUCCUCCGAACCAAGUCUUGUCCUGUCCCUUGGAACAGGAAAUGCAAAGGCCGAUGAACCGCUUAGUUCUAGGGCUCGGCGUUUGUGGAACGAUUCGUUUUUAUUUCGACUUAUUAGAGCGUUUUGGCGGCUUAGUGACUCAGAACGAGCGUGGCAGCAGCUCCUAAAUCAUCAAAAAGCUAACCAAGGUAGCGGAUAUGGGGAAACUCACAGUUUGUCAGAAUAUUACCGCUUUGAUAUCAAAUUCACCAAACCGGAACCACAACUAGAUGACGUAUCUCGAAUGGAAGAAAUAGGUGAGCUUGCUCGCAAUACAAUAAUAAGUUCACAAUCUCUUAACGGUCUUGUCCGCCAUAUUCGGGCCGAACUUUUCAUCUUCGAGCUGGAUCAAAUAUAUCCACCUAAACUUGUCGACGGCGAGUAUCAAUUUAUAGGGUAUAUCCGCUGUCGCCUUCGCCCUCAAACGCCUGAUUUUGAAGCCUUUAUAUCUCAGCUAAAAACAUUGCCAGCUUCCUUUUAUAUCAACCAUGAUUGCUUAACCAGCAGCUUCCACCACCAAUCCACUAUUAGUACUGAUGGCAGCUAUUGUUAUAAAGUUCGAUACCGCAUUAAAAGUCGAACCAAAGCUUUUGAAAUACGUUUAUAUGAAAAUACAAGCAAUGGCUGUAAUAUUAGCGGCUCCCCAUUUACAUUGCAAAAACUUAUAGAAUGCCAAAAGCUAGAAGCUCGAUUUGGCACCGUCGAUCACCGUAAAAGGCCGAUA